GCAGGAGGGCUGUGAUGGCAAACUGUGGAGACUGGCAGCUGCAAGAGUUGUGGAGGACCGAGCCGCCCGACAGAAGGUGAAUUUGCAAGUGCUGGAUGGGGAGAUUGAAACCGAGGAGGAUACGAGGCUUCCUCAAAGUGUUGCAGCCUUUGACACGCCGCAGAGAGAACUCACGGCCUACGAAAAGGCAUGCUUUGCAAAGCGUCUUUUGCCCAAGUUCAUGGGCUGCGUGAAGGACGCAGUAUCUGGUCCAGUUCUUGAUUUGUGCUCUUGUGGAUUGGGCGACGACCAGCUUGUAGCGGUCUUUGCGGAUCCCGAGCUGAUCCCUUGGCGGCACAUCCGUCGCUGGCGCCUUCGGGACGCACGUAUGCGUGACCGCGGGGCCUUGCAUUUGUCCAAGCUGCUGACGGAAGUCGAAGCCUUGGAUUUGGUGAAUAACGAAAUUGGCGUGGCAGGAGCUCGCGGCCUUGCCGAUGCACUGGGACGGAGAUCCUAUGAGCAGCUGCAACGAUUAGACCUCUCAGCGAACAGCCUCAACGAUGAUGCUGUAUCUUGCCUGGCUGCGGCUUUGAAGAAUUGUGAGGGCCUCUUGCGCUUGGAUCUGCGGCAAAACUGCAUGCAGGACGGACAUCACCUGGGCGAGCUUAUCGCAGGGCAUGGCCAGCUGACUAGGCUUUCACUGCGACGCAACCGCAUCACAGGACCUGGCAUGGCGGCCCUGUUUCGAGGGAUACUGGAGAAUGCCCGAACAGGCGGCCAGUUUGCAGAUGUGGAUGCAGCUUGGAACCCCAUGGCAUCUGAUGGGAUUGUGGCAGCGAAAGCCAUGGCGCAAGUCUUUCAGGAGUCUGCCACGCUGUACCAUUGUGACCUGAGCUAUUGCCAAUUGGACGCUGCGGCUUGUGCAGCUUUGGGUGAUGGCUUGCGGGACAAUCACUCUCUCUAUGGAUUGCACAUGGUUGGCAAUUCAGCGGCCAUGGACGCAGAUGGUUUCUUGAUGCCCAUGGAGAUGAAGACCUCUGAAACAGGAUUGCGAUUCGGUGACCUUCAGGCUGGCCCAGAGGCCUUAUUGGGAGCUGGCCGAGCUGGCAGCUUUGCUCAAGAGGAUGAUUUGAAAGGCCGGGAUGUCUUGGAG